CACUUGCUCAUCACUACUAGUAAAACUGUCAAAUUUAUUGCCUAAAGAAAUGACAAAGCAAGUUGCCCUACCAUUCUUUCUUCUGUCAAUCUUUUUCUUCCUUUGCACCACAACUUUGGCUCAAACGCCAGCUCCGGCGCCUGCAGGUCCAACCAACAUCACUGCAGUGCUUGAGAAGGCAGGGCAGUUCACAACCUUCACCCGGCUACUAAAAGCGACGCAAAUGGCUGAUCAAAUCAAUACCCAGCUCAACAACUCAAACCAGGGUCUUACCAUAUUUGCACCAACAGAUAAUGCAUUUUCUAGUCUAAAAUCAGGCACAUUGAACUCACUCACUGAUCAACAAAAGGUCCAGUUGGUGCAAUUCCAUGUCCUUCCUAAUAUCUACUCCACGUCGCAGUUUCAAACUGUAAGCAAUCCAUUGCGAACGCAGGCAGGUAACAGUGGCAAUGGCGAGUUCCCACUGAAUGUCACCACAUCAGGGAAUAAUCAAGUGAACAUAUCAACAGGGGUUAAUACUGCAACAGUGGCUAAUACUAUCUAUACUGAUAGUCAACUAGCUGUUUAUCAGGUUGAUCAGGUUCUUCUUCCAUUGGACAUUUUCGGGGUACAAGCACCUGCUCCUGCUCCAGUGACAGCAGAUAAGGAUCUUCCAUCAAAAGCUCCAUCAAAGUCCUCAGACACUACCAAUGAUGGUGAUACUUCUGGUGCAAUGAGUCUGAGUUACAAUGUUGUUGCUGUUAUAUCCUUCAGUUUUGCGCUCAUUGCGGCUACUUCUUUGCAGCUAUGAUUACUAUUGUGUUUGAUGAUCAUGAGAUUGGGUGUUGCCUACUACUUCUGUUUUGUGAUUUGUACCCAAUUAGUCCAUUCUUUGAAUGCUGUAAUUCCUUUUUGUUAAGUUUUCAUGAACCCAAUUUUGUUAAUGUAGUGCCAUGUAUUUCUGUUCAGAACUCGUACCACACAAAUAAAUUUACAGUUAAAUGUUCCAGAGCA